CCCAAAUCAAGAGACCAUUCAAAGGCAACAUCAACCACCCAGUUGCCCAAUAUGUCGUUGGUGUCGGGCGAGAAGUCGAACUUCCAGUUCAUUCUGCGUCUCCUCAACACAAACGUUGACGGAAAGCAGAAGAUCGUUUACGCUCUUACCAAGAUCAAGGGUGUCGGCCGCAGGUACUCCAACCUGGUCGUCAAGAAGGCCGAUGUCGACCUGAACAAGCGUGCUGGUGAGCUCACCUCUGAGGAGCUCGAGCGUGUUGUCACCAUUCUCCAGAACCCCACCCAAUACAAGAUCCCCACAUGGUUCCUUAACCGUCAGCGCGAUAUUGUCGACGGCAAGGACUCUCAGACCCUUGCCAACGGUGUCGACUCCAAGCUCCGUGAUGACUUGGAGCGCCUGAAGAAGAUCCGCGCUCACCGUGGUCUCCGUCACUACUGGGGCCUGCGUGUCCGUGGUCAGCACACCAAGACGACCGGCCGGAGAGGACGGACCGUCGGUGUGUCCAAGAAGAAGGGUGGUUAAAGAAACAAAACACAAAAAAGGGCAUCAUGGGCUUGGGGAGCAUUGGCCUGUCGGAUGGGUUCUCUGGCUUUGGCGUUCAAUCUCAUUGUUGCGGGCGGUCGGGCGUGUUACGGAUGGUUUCACUGUUGACUGCUAUGCGUGCAUUCACAGCCACCGAGCACGCAGGUAGACUAAAUUCAUCAAGGUUCUUUUGCUGGGACGACUAAAUGCGACAAUGCAAUGAAAUUAAAAGGUUCAUCUUUUUUUUUUAAACCUGUGUCAUGGUUAAGACUUUCCGUUAUGAAGGGAGACCGUCAAUGCUUUGUCGAUGCCAGUGAACGACGGCCUCAUAAUUUCCCCCGCUGUUCAUGUGUUCCGGUAGAUUUCUGUGAGCUUCGUCGAACUCUUUAUUUUAUGGCGGCACGGUAACCUUUUAGCUUAUCCUUUUCUUUCAUUCUUUGCUUGUUUAUUUUACUUUUUUUUAGUCUUCGUGCGUAACUGCCAUAUCCAACACCUCGACGCGGCCCUGCCCCUUGGUCUCGUUCCCAAUGAAGUCGGAUACAGCCUUGAACGCGCCAGGCUCUACAAAGCCGGUAACUUCCCAUUCUGAUCCAACCACGUCCUGAUUUUCCACCUGCUCGAUGUAGCCCAAUAUCUUAUCCUUGACAGUUCCAGGAGCCUUUUGCUCGCCAUCCUCAGUCUUGGGAGCCUUGACUGCCUGCUUGAGUACACUCGUGGGGCAGGCUAUCCUGAGCCGCAUUCUGGCGCGAGCGACGGGGAUAGGCUGGUGGGCUAUGAGUGCCUUCAUGGCCUCUAGCGCCUGAAGCUUUGCGUUCUUUGUGGUGACGACGCCAGUCCAGAUGGGUUUUGAGGUUUUGCCGCCGGUGGCCUCUCCGUUCUCGGCAGCGGUGGUCGGAGUGGCGCUGCCGCUACUGCUCUCCGUCUUGCCGUCGGCUGCGGACUUGUUUUGUUGUUGCUGCUGCUGCUGCUGUUGGGUGUGGGCCUGGGAGCUGAGCAUGUCGAGGGCCUUUUCUAUCAUGCCGGUAGUGUAGACG